AUGGAAGACAUUAUAGCGAGUUUGACGAUUAUAAAAAAAAUAAUCGCUCAACAAUUAAAAGAAGCACAAGAUGCUUCGAAAAAACAAGACGAUGACAAAAUCAAAGAAUUAGAAGAAGAAAGUAAAAAACAAAUCGCGGAGAAAGUAAAGGAGCUAGAAAACGAAUACAGAAAGCUUUUCGAAUUGUCAACCAAGCAAUUGGAAACCAAAUUCGAAAAAGAUUUCAACGAUUCGAUGAAAAAAUGGGCUGAAGAUACGAACCAAGAAAUUGGUACUAACAUCUCUGAAUUUAAAAAUAACAUAGUAGGCGAAUUAAGAAACGAGGCAAUAAACCUAUCCAAACAGAACGAAGCGGAAAUGGAGAAAACAAUCGAUGUAUUGUUGAGAGGUGCAGAAGUGACAUUGGCUAAUAAAAUGAAAACAACAUCCGAAGCUCAAAAAUCAUCACCAGGACAACAAAACGUUGAGCCGGAGCAUAGUGUGCCUUUUAUUCCAGAAAUCGUGAUCACACCGCCGAUCAAUUCAAUGGUCGAGGAAGUUCAACAGCCAAUAGCUUCAAUUAAAUCAGCAAUGGCAGAUUCUGCCCAGCAGGCAACUGCACCAGUGACCAAACUGAAGGUCAAAUUUUCGUUCCACGAAUUAAACAAGGAACUGGAAGCUGAAAAAGAAAAAGAAUCAAAUAACAAAACACCAAAAACAAUUCUGGAAAACGAUAAAUUAAUCGAGUCACCGCCAAAAGUCAUGUCCAUUGAGACUGAAAAACCGUCCGUCGACCAAAAUUCAGCAAAACCAAUGUCACCCGAAGCUGAAAAGAAAAAAUAA